CCACAAAAAUAGAUAACAGAAACGCCAGUCAAGCAGUCAUGCUGGAAGCAGAAGACAGUUUACUUAAAGUUAUGGAAAGACUCAACAUCGAAGUUCUGGAUGAUCGGUUCGGAAAUCUUUUGAUGCAAACGUUCGGUUGUUUAUCUAUGUCCCGUCUGGCAAUGGAUCCCCCGCUUUCAAUCCACUUGUCGAGUCUGAUUCGGUCAUUCAGAUUUCGUGCGUCGUUUAAGUCUUGCCCGGGAAUCGAAGAAACGACUGAUCCACGCGAACUCCUCUCAAUUUCCAUUUUCAGAUAA